AUGGCGACGCUAAUCCGCAGCAAGAUCUCCAAUGUGGCCACCUCGGUUUCGAACAAGUCUCAGGCGAAAGUCAGUGGGGUGUUCGCCCGCUUGGGCUUCCAGGCGGCGACGGACGAGGAGGCGGUGGGAUUCGUGCACUGCGAUGACCUGGACUACGAGCACCGGCAAGGGCUGCAGAUGGACAUCUUGAAAUCCGAGGGCAGCGAGGAAGGAGGGGAGCCGCCCUUGGAAGGGGACAUCCACUACCAGCGGGACGGCACCGGGCCCCUGCCUCCGUCCGCCUCCAAGGACGAAGGCGUCUGCUCCGAGCUGUCCGGCCAAGGGAAGCCCAGGAUCACAGCCUGGGAAGCCGGCUGGAAUGUCACCAACGCCAUCCAGGUAACGCAACUCCCCCCCCCCCCCAAUUCCAUUGCUCUUCAUUCGGUGGGGCGGGGUCCUGGCUCCCUUGGAACCGGCGGCAGAGCCUGGCCACUGCCUUGCAGAGAGUCAGGACGCCCUCCUCCCCCCCACCUCCUUCCUAGGGGCCCGUGCGCAUCAUGGUUCGCCCUGGAGCGAAUUCCGUCGCAGAUGCGGCUCAGCUGCGCCCUGCCCUCACGCUCCCUGCCCUCAUAGGACCUUAGAGGCGGUGGAGGAACCUCCAACGGACCACCUAGUGCAAACCACUUCUCCUAGGAACUUGUGGACUCCCGAGACCACGUCGCACAUGGGUGAUUGCACAUAACAUAACUGGGGCCGGGACAUUCAAGGAUUAGGGGUUAGGUCGCGAUUCGGGAGCACAUACUUAAGAUCGCAUCACACGCAUCAACAGCCAACAACUUCUCUUUUUAGGUCAGUUAAAAGAAUGGCCAAAGAAUUCUCUCCCUACUUCAGUCUCUCUCUCUGUCCUUCUCUUUUUUCUCUCUCUUCCCUCCUCCCUCUCCCCACCUCAAUUCGGUCCAUCUUAUUCCUGCAGUGAUGAUGUUAAUCCAUGUUUCUCAUGCUGAGAAAUCAAAACGCAGACAUUGUUACGGAACACAAAAGACUGUGGUGUCGGGUAUGCACCUCGAAAUCCGAAUGGCCCUUCUGCCUCUUCUUUCUUUCCUCCUCAAUUCGGUGUUUUUUGUUUUGUUUUGGUGCAUAGCACCGCUUCUGGCUCGACUCUGCACCUCGACAUAACCAAGGCAACAGAUGGUCCAAACAGGAGAGCCUGUUCCCUCCUCCCCUAGGCGUUUCAGAGUCUGUAUUAAUUUUCCUCUGCCCAUUCAGCUAAUAAAAAGAGAAAGCCGCGCAUUUGGAAUGUGACUCGCCUAAGGAGUAAAUGGAAAAACACACAGAGACACUAUACAUUAACGUCUUUUUGCAUCGUAGUACUUAAACUGACGGUUCCUGGUUUUAAUCUCUCAAACCAAACUGCACAAUCUCACUGAGUCCCCCCCCCCCGCCCCCACUUUCCUUUAAAGAGUUAAUUUUGUGUGUUCAAAAGUGCAGGUGCAUAAAGUCAAGAACUCCUGUUACAGACAAUAAAAAAAUGCGAUGUAACGAAAUGACAUCCCGGUGUUCUUCGGUUUCAAUCGGAUAUUCUUCAGAUCCGAAAGGAGGAAAGUAAUAAUUGAUCAGGAAAUGCUUCUUAGGAAGAUAAAGUUGCAUUUCCAUACUUGUGAUCGAUUUUCGUUGGGUAUUAAAAGGCUGGAAACGGAAUGCGAGACUCCCCAAGCCUGUCUAUUGAUAUUUUAAAAUAUUUCCCUGUCCAAUUUAUUGCCAGGUCUGAUAAAAUUCAAUUUAAUUUACAGCCAAAUCGAAUUUUUGUAAAAAAAUGUUUUCUUAUUUGAAAAUGUGGCGGAGUUUUUUGAUACCUAGAGGAAUCUUCGAUUAUCAAGACUGCUUCUAAAAAUGCCCUCUGUAACGAUUCACCAAUAUGGCUUAUAAACCAGUCCGGCCAUAGGACUAGAUUCAUUUGGCUGAACUGGUUUUCAGUUUGCAUAAGGAACCUAAUGGGAAUGUCUUCUAGCUUAAACCAAGGCAUUUUACAUUUGCAAUAAUGAAUUAACGAAUGUUUCAUUGCAGAAUCGCAUAUUUGGGAGGGGGGAGGAGAGGAAAGGAAUUGUGCGGAUCCUCAGAUUAUAACUCCAAACAGUUUGAAACACCAAAACUUUAUUAUUCUGUCUGAUAUUGCACCAGGUACUAGGUACAAUUUAUUUAAUUAUUUUAAAAGAGCAGCAAAUUGAGCCAGCUGCUUACAGUCUUAACAAGAUAAGAUACAAAGGGGAAGGGGAAGAGUUACGAAUAUUUGUGUUCGCUACUGAUUCAAAAUAUAUCCUUUCAAUUUUCAAAGAAGGGAAUGAAUUUGAGAGCUGCCAGCCACUUCUUUGUGUGAGAUAUUUUCAAGAUUGCUUCAAUGCUUUGGAUCUUAAAAAACAAAAACCCAGUCAAAGGAAAAAGGGUCAAAAGCCAUUUAAAGAAAUGCAGUGAAUCCAAUGCAUUCUCACCUAGAGAUAAAUCCUAUAAUGUUCAAUGGGGCUUACUGCCUUGCAAGUGUGUUAGGGAUUGCAGUCUUAAUGUGAGUUUAAAAUAACAAAAAGCAUCUGCAAGCAAGGACGAUGAUUUAUUGAAAUUUAUUCCACAACAUUUUGGAUUACUUAACUGGUUUUUUAAAAAGCUUUUAAAUAUUUAACUAUUUAUGCUCCCCCCCCUCUCCAAAGCAUACAACUUUUUCUUUUUAAAAAAGAAAGAAACCACAGAAUUUAAAUGACAGAAUCCCCACCACCGCCACUUUAAAUAAAGGUUCUGUGAUUACAUUCAAACAUUUAAGAGUUAUUACAUGAAGAAAAGUGAAUUAUGCUAUUUCUUUCUGGGGUCUGUCCUGAUUUUUAUUUAAUUCUAUGGAAGAUUGGAGGGGUGGGGGUGGGUAACAGGCCCUUGCAUUUUGUUUCUGUCCCUUCCACCUCCACCCCCCCGAGUUGUCACGUGCUAAGUAAAACUGAGCAACACAGUCUCCAUUUUGUCUCUUUUUAGGGGAUGUUUGUCCUUGGCCUGCCCUAUGCUAUACUCCAUGGUGGAUACCUAGGACUCUUUUUAAUUAUUUUUGCAGCAGUGGUUUGCUGCUACACUGGGAAAAUCCUCAUUGCCUGUCUCUAUGAAGAGAACGAAGACGGGGAGAUAGUCAGGGUGAGAGACUCCUAUGUGGACAUUGCGAAUGCUUGCUGUGCUCCCAGGUUCCCCUCGCUUGGGGGCAGGAUUGUGAAUGUGGCUCAGAUCAUAGAGUUGGUCAUGACCUGCAUCCUUUAUGUGGUGGUCAGUGGCAACCUGAUGUACAACAGCUUCCCAACCUUGCCGGUCUCUCAGAAAUCAUGGUCCAUCAUUGCCACAGCUGUGCUCCUUCCUUGUGCUUUCUUGAAGAACCUCAAGGCUGUCUCCAAGUUCAGCUUGCUCUGCACCUUGGCCCAUUUUGUGAUCAACAUUUUAGUCAUCGCCUACUGCCUCUCCAGAGCCCGCGACUGGGCAUGGGACAAAGUCAAGUUUUACAUUGAUGUGAAGAAGUUCCCCAUCUCCAUCGGCAUCAUUGUCUUCAGCUACACCUCUCAGAUCUUUCUGCCUUCCUUAGAAGGGAACAUGCAGAACCCUAAGGAGUUCCACUGCAUGAUGAACUGGACUCACAUAGCUGCUUGCAUCCUGAAGGGACUCUUUGCCUUGGUUGCCUACCUGACUUGGGCCGACGAGACAAAGGAAGUCAUCACAGAUAACUUACCAUCCACCAUUAGGGCCGUCGUCAACCUUUUCUUGGUGGCCAAAGCUUUGCUGUCCUACCCAUUGCCGUUCUUUGCAGCUGUGGAGGUCCUGGAGAGAUCCCUCUUCCAAGAUGGAGCCAGGGCCUUCUUCCCUAAUUGCUAUGGAGGUGAUGGCAGGAUCAAAUCCUGGGGACUCACCCUCAGGUGUGCCCUUGUAGUUUUUACCUUGUUGAUGGCCAUUUAUGUCCCUCAUUUUGCCCUCCUGAUGGGCCUGACCGGGAGCCUCACAGGUGCAGGCCUCUGUUUCCUCCUCCCCAGCCUCUUCCACCUCAAGCUCUUGUGGAGGAAGCUCUUGUGGCACCAUGUCUUCUUUGAUGUGGCCAUUUUUGUAAUAGGGGGUAUAUGCAGUGUGUCUGGGUUCAUUCACUCUUUAGAAGGCCUCAUCGAGGCUUAUAGAACCAAUACAGAAGACUAA